GCGGAGGAGGAAGCCGGUGGGUCGGUCGGACAGACGGACGCGCGGGCAGGGAGCGGCCGGGGGAAGGUGCCCACAGGAGCUCGCUCUGAGCAGCCCCAGCGGAAGCGCUCCGGGGGUGCCUCAGGUUUGGCUGUUGUAUACUGGUUCAAGGCAAACUAUUUGUUACAAGAUGCAGCAUUUCACACACAAACUGGAACUAUUUCCUGACUGUAGUGUGACUCUUGUUUUGUUUAAUGAUGUCAAAAAUGCUGCUGCUCUAAGAAAAAAAGCAAUGGAAGGAUCUAUUGAUGGAGCAUUAAUAAAUCCUGCAAUGAUUGUUGAUCCAUUUCAGAUACUUGUGGCAACAAACAAAGCAGUUCACUUACACAAGAUUGGUAAAAUGAAGACUAGAACUCUUUAUGCAGAAAUCAUUUUCAACCUUUCCCCAAAUAACAAUAUUUCAGAUGCAUUGAAAAAGUUUGGUAUUUCAGACACUGACUUUGCAGUGCUCAUUGUUCUCAUUGAAGACAAAGAAAAAACUGUAAAUCUGGAAGGCAUAAUAUCUCAAGUGGAAGGCCAGCAGGUUUCUCUGGAAGAACUCCACAAAAUAACAGACAUAGCAAAAGUUAAAAAGAUGUACAAACUUACUCCACAGGAAGAAAAAAUUGGCACAUUGCUGGAUGGCAUCAUUUGCAGAAUGUCAACAAAAGAUAUUUCAUGAAAACAUCCAAAUAAAAAAUCCACUUUAAAGCUGCAGGAACAGCUAUUGCAACCAUUAUUAAUUUUGGACUCUGUCUCACUACUGAAAACAUUGAAGCAAUAUUUUUUCUUCAGCUUCAUUCAACACCAGAAGUGCAUCACAUAAUGCAGUAUUGAACUGUUUAAAUUCUCACAGCUCGUAUGGAUUCUAACCAUUGUUUUAUUUACAAAUAUUUUUUAAAAUAAUGUUUCCCAAUAUCUUUAACAGGUCAUAAACAUAAGGUUUCAAAAUCUAUUACUAUGUACCUUUGUUGUAAAGUGUUUUAAGAUAAUCAGAUGUGCCACUAACUAUGCAAACUAUUUUUAUUAUUCCAGGGCCUGUGAUUACUUUGUUUGCAUUGGCACAGAGAAUAAAGGAUGAUACAAAGAUAUUUUUAGCUACUUAGUGUUUAUGUAUGUAUCAUACUUGUCUGGCCAUCAUGUACUAGGAGAGCUUAUACAAAUGGUCUCUUGUGAUUUCCUAACACUUAUAAUCAAAAACACAUAGAAAGUGGGUCUCUGUCCCAAAGAGCUUACAAUUCCAAUGAGAGAUUUAAUAAAUGAGGAUAACACAUAUAUUAUGGAACGGGGCGCAGUGGGGAAGAAGAUGGUCUAUAGACGUGU